AUGGUGAGCAAUAAACCUGAAAAUCUACUGGUAAAUAUCAUUACGAGACUCUUCAUUGAAGUAGAGGGGAUCUGCAUGGGCAGGUGUAACGUUCUCACUGCUGUCACCACUGUCAACAAGAGCUCCUACCAGCCUGCGGGGCUGCAGAUCUGCACCUUACCCUGAGAAAGGCAAGGCCACCACCCUCGGUCCCUAGAGGGGAGAUGGGGGCUGCAGUAAGCUGGCUCCUCUGCUGAAGCUGGCUCUACCUCCUGCUUCACCUCCUGACAUUUUAUGCUGUCAGAAACAGAGCUGGACCCCAACUUCAAUCCUCCCUGCUACAAGACAGUGCUGAUAAGGACACAGUGGUUAAGCAAGACUAAGAUCCAGCUGAUGGCCACAGAAGCAAGAAUGGGUAAGAAUGACCUUUCUUCCCCCACAUCAUCUCUCUUAUGGGUGAGAAUCUGGGUCAUCCAGAGACAGUGA